AGCAACUGAAACAGCACUGGACGUGUCUGCACCGUCUGCACUCGUACAAUGGAAAAGAUUUUAUGCGAUGUCCAUGGCAGCUUGUGUAUGUUAAAAACGGGCGUGAAAGAUGGACCAAAUAAAGGCAAAAGCUUCUACGUCUGCGUUGACAAGCAAGGCUGUGAUUUCAGUCAUUUGGCCAGCAUCUCACCAUCCCAUUGCCUCCAUCAUGAAGAUUCGAUGGUGGAACUCCAAGCCCUCACCUACAGUCAACAACAGCACAGCCACAGGUUGUUCUAUCGGUGUAUUAUCGGUAAAAAAGCAGGCCAGAGGUGGUGUGGAAGUGUGCCUUGGACUGCACCAGAGAAAGAAAAGAAAACCCCUCUAUCUGACACACAGCUACCACCCUCUUGCCUGCCGCCUGUCCGAAACCCAUUUAAAGCCUCUGGCAAGAUGGACAAAGACUCUGAGUGGAGAAGGGUGCAGUGUGGUGCAGGUGGUGAGAAAAGAAGCGAAGAGAGAGACAGCGAGGCAAGGCACAAAACUGAAAGGAGAGGAAGUUAUGAGAAAGAAAAUGUGAAGAGCUUAGACGCGGGAGUAGAAGAAGAGGAUGAAGGGAAGCUGAAUUCAUCUGAUACUUACCAUAAUAAACAACUUCCACCAGGGAUGAAGUUAAAGAAGAGAGUUUCAGCUGAAGAGAGAAACAGUCCCAAAACUAACAGUGUGGGCAAAAUGAUAGAUAAGGUGAAAGACAAGACUACAGAGACCCACACCAAGCAGGGAGAAGCAGAAAAGCCUAUUUCUACCUCCAUUGUCGAGGCUGUUCAUCCUGAGAAAAUAAAUCAAGCCUCACAGCAUCCUCAAAAGGACUCACCCCAGCAACCAGCUGAUAGUGAAACCUGUCUGGUGGAACAGACUCAACCUACUGUCUCUGAAUCUGCACCCAGUAGUAGCACCCAGGCUUCCAGAGACUCUGAUCACACUAGGAAAGUCACGUCUAACAAACCAACACAAUUCAAUGACUCCAGUCAAACCAAAAACCACCAAGACGACAGCGACAACAAUGAUGAUGUAGUGUUGGUGUCCGUGAAGCCGGCCACUCAGAAAACAACUCCUGUUUCUGCUGUCCAAAAGACCCUGACCACCUUCCCUGGGUUCCAGCAAGCUUCUCAGGUCAGAGGUGUGCAGCAAGAUCCCAAAGGGCUGCGGAGCCUGCUCACUUCUCAGCUCCAACAGAAAAAGGCUACUCUGUCUGUGGUGAAUGUGGCAGCUCUGCCAGAUAAAGGGGAGAGGUUGAGGACUCAGGUCAAAGAGCUGGAGGACGCGCUGGAGUCUCUGAGCCUCACUGCUGCUUCUCAGCCUGGAUCCCAGGGUGGGCAUAGCAGUAGUGAUGCUAGUCCGAGUAGCAGCCAGGUUAACCCAUUCAACCUUCAGGGUGGCACCAUCCUUCUCCCUGCCCUCCCAGCCCCGGGCCCUUCUCAACACCUUUCCUCCGGCAGCUCCCUGGGGCUCCAGAUGAGCCAGGGAUACACCCAGAUGUAUGGAGCAAACCCACAGGUCCAGGCCUUUUACGGUGGCAGGAUGACUGAGGACCGUCUGCUGGCAGUGAAAAAUGCCACCUGUGAGGCCAUCGACCAUCUCCACAAGUCCCUGGAGUCCUGCCCCGACGCUGAGGCAGAGGUUCCAGACCCCAAGGGCAUCAAGGUGUCACUGCUGGCCCAUCAGAGGAGAGCUUUGGCCUGGCUGCUCUGGAGAGAAACCCAGAAUCCCUGUGGAGGAAUCCUGGCGGACGACAUGGGUCUGGGGAAAACCCUGACCAUGAUUUCUCUCAUACUGGCCAAGAAAAUAAAGGCAAAACAGGAAGAUGGAAAGAAAGAAGAGAAGAAGCUGGAGAGCUGGAUAUCCAAAUCCGACUCCAGCGUUGUGGUUUCUAAAGGCACCCUGAUCAUCUGUCCUGCCUCCCUGGUCCACCACUGGAAAAGGGAGAUUGACAGACAUGUCAAGACAGCCAAACUGACUGUGUACCUGUACCAUGGCUCCAACCGUGAGAAAAGUGCCAAAGUGCUGGCGGAUUAUGAUGUGGUGGUGACCACAUACAGUUUGGUCUCUAAGGAGAUCCCAGUCCAGAAGGAGGAUGCUGAGAAACCCAGCAAAGAUGCUGAUGUGCCAUUGCACUCAGCUCCUCUUCUGCGAGUGGCCUGGGCACGGGUGGUUCUGGACGAAGCCCACAACAUCAAAAACCCAAAAGUUCAGACUUCCAUGGCUGUCUGUCAGCUGAGGGCUCAGGCCCGCUGGGCUGUAACUGGCACACCCAUUCAGAACAACCUGCUGGACAUGUACUCACUGCUCAAGUUUCUGCGCUGUUCUCCAUUUGAUGAGUACAAACUGUGGAAAGCUCAGGUGGACAACGGCUCUAAACGAGGCAGAGAGAGACUUAACAUCCUGACGAGGACUCUGCUACUCCGACGAACCAAAGACGAGCUUGACUCCGCAGGAAAACCACUGGUGUCUCUUCCUGAUCGGACCUGCGAGGUACACAGACUCAAACUGUCCGAGGAUGAACAGUCUGUGUAUGAUGUGGUCUUUGCCCAAUCCAGAUCUACUCUGCAGAACUACCUGAAGAGACAUGAAGGAACUGAUGUGAACAAGGGAAACAAGUCCAGUUCCAACCCCUUUGACAAAGUGGCCCAAGAGUUUGGUAUGUCCCAGCCUGACCCUGUUGUGUCGAGUUCCCAGCAGCCCCAACAGGUGUCCAGCACCGUCCACAUCCUGUCCCUGUUGCUGCGCCUCCGACAGUGCUGCUGUCACCUGUCACUGCUGAAGAAGACUCUCGAUUCGUCGGAGCUGCAGGGUGAUGGGAUCGUCUUGUCUCUGGAGGAGCAGCUCAAUGCUCUGUCACUCUCCUCCAGCCCCUCACCAUCGGGCCCUGACCCCAAAGACACUGUGGCCCUUAAUGGCAUCCGCUUCCCCUCACAGCUGUUCGAGGACACCAGUGUGAGCACCAAGAUUGCUGCUAUUGUCUCUGAGCUGAAGGCAAUCAGACAGAAGAGUGAUGAUCAGAAAAGCGUGAUCGUGUCCCAGUGGACCAGCAUGCUCCACAUUGUAGCAGUUCAUCUGCGGCGAAUGGGCCUGAGAUACGGCGUUAUCGAUGGGACCGUCAACCCCAAACGGCGCAUGGACCUGGUAGAAGAAUUCAACACUAACCCUAAAGGACCACAGGUGAUGCUGGUUUCUCUUUGUGCUGGAGGGGUUGGACUCAAUCUCGUUGGUGGGAAUCACCUCUUUCUCAUGGACAUGCACUGGAACCCGGCUUUGGAGGAUCAGGCCUGUGACAGAAUCUACAGAGUUGGACAAACUAAAGAUGUCACUAUCCACAGGUUUGAGUGUGAAGGCACAGUUGAGGAGAAGAUUUCCACACUGCAGAAGAAGAAGAAAGAGCUGGCCAAGAAUGUGCUGUCAGGAACAGGAAGCACCUUCUCUAAACUUUCCCUGGCUGACCUCAAAAUCAUUUUUGGUGUCUGAGAUGGGAAAGAACUGAGGACGCUGUCAAACCACACCAGACAGCUGUUCAUACACAUAGUCUAAAUUCAGGGUAUAUGUCUGAAAAAUCGUGGUAAUAAUUAACCCAAAUCUAAGAUACAAGAAUGCUUAUUGUCCACCUUGUAGUGAAUUUGUCCUUGUGCUGCCCAUCCUCUCUUAGCUUAAUCCAGAACGGUGUUUUUAACUGCUUUAGAAAAGUGUAAACUUUUGUGUACACAGCUUGAAAUUUAUUUACUGCUUAUGUGUAAGUGCACUGCUCGCAGUUUGGGAAUUCUUGUACUAGUCUUCUGGUCAAGAAUGAUGCUUUAUGGCAGUUUUUUAUGUUUAUGUUACAUAUGCUACACUAAGAGGUGCAAAUAAUUUAAAAUUACUUGAUAUGUCCUCCAAGUUUUAUUAUUUUAUCAUGUUAAUUGAAAAGAGGUUUUUCCUCUGUCAAAGUCAUGUUAAUUUCUGGUAGCUGACUCAUUGUUGGAGUGAAGUAAAUAUUUAUUCUAUUUGUGUCUCCUGGUGGAGUUUGUUCUUUUUAAAGCUUAAAGCUUUAAGUAUUGUUGUAUGUACGUUGAGAUGAUGUUUUAAAUAAAUUCAGUUUAUGGAAGUUGA